AUGAAGCGACCGAUUUCACUGUGCUACAAUUCAACAUCUAUCAACUUAUAUAGUGAUCGUGGAUGCGUGAGUGUUGCUUCUGCCAAUCAGCGAACAGCAGCUCCUAUCAGUCGACUUCAACACACUUGCAUCAACUGCAUGCAAUGCCCCAUCUUCACCCACGUCCAUGCACCACUACAUGCUGAUGCAACAUUAUCUUCUUGUAAAUUAUUGUGUCAUUGGAGAUGUGGGUGGUAUUGUGGUAUCAGGGGUAGAGAAAUUGCAACAGAAGAUAUUGACUUCUUGUAUUCAUCGUCAGAACGAAGUCCUUUGUUCUACGACUAA